AUCUUUCGGGUCCGCAAUUCCCAAAUUGUUGUAUUUUUCCUUGUGGAAAAGAAGAUCUAUACCAAUCUGUUAUCAUCGUGUGUUUUGAUAACCCUUUCAUCUCAAAGUCCACCCCUAAACCUAUAAAGUUUCCUCAAGAUCUUCCUUUAUAUGUCACAAGUACUCUCUCUUUGCUCUUGAAAUUGUUUUUUUCUAAACUGGGUUUUUUCCGCUUUUGAUUUUGAACCCAAAAGUAAAAAGAAUGGGAAAAAAUCAAGCUUACAAAGCUAUGCAGCGAGCAAGGUUGGGUUCUGGCUCAGGUGGACCUGAUGAAGUUGAUGAUGGAAUGGUGGAUGGUUCUUUUCAUACACCAGAGUGGCAUGCGGCUCGUUUGGCAAGCCUCAAAACUUCUCAUACAGUUACCUGGGAAGAGUUCAAACAGAAACAGAAGGAAGAAGAAGUGAGAAAAGGAGAGCUAGAAGCAGACAAAGAUAAAAUGAUGCGGGAAUACAGGGCUCAGCUAGAUGCUGAAAGGGCCAGCAAGCUCUCUCAGGGAAGGAAUCAUUCCAGCAGUAAACACAGUCGCAAAAAGGAUAAGAAGGACAAAGAUACAAAGAAACAGAGAAGCAAAAAGAGAAAGCGUUCAAGGAGAUAUUCCGAUUCCAGCUCUUCAAGUUCGUCAUCUGAGUCUUCAAGUUCUGACGAUGAAGAUAGAGAAUCCAGAAAAUCAAGAUCCAAGUCUAAGAGAAGGAAGAAAGAAAAGAAGCACCAGUCGAGGUCGAGGUUGAAGCAGUCUACAAGCGAUGAUGAAGCUGAUGGUCCUUUGCCACUUUCUAGAUUCUUUGGCAGCAUAAAAAGCUAAUGCCUCAUUUGAUAUGUAAUUCUACUUUUUCUUCUUCUGAUGAUGAUGAUAUGAAUGUGAGGGAUCCUUUUUAUUUAUUAUUAUAAUGUAAUCAAGGAUCAUUGGUUCGUCGAUGAGGGUUUUGUAUCCUGGUUUUAAAUGAAAUUCUACAUUUAAUGAAAA